AUGACGACCACACAAGCACACGACCGCGAUAACCAAGACGAGAAUCUGGUCGAAAACCUGAACGGCCUUGACGACACAGACUUGAGCGAAAACGAUCUAAUCAAACUCCUCGCCCAGAUCGUGCGCGAGCAAAACAAUGAAAUCAACAAAAUUCUCAUGAAGCAAAGCGACCAGGCAAAAAAACAAGCAGAUGAACAACGUCGUUUGAGUCUAGCGAUCGAGAAGUUGGAUAUCAGACUUAGCUCGUUUCUUGAAAGUCAACAACAGUCUUCUCAACAUAAGGUCUCUCAUCCAGAUUUGAUACCGUCACUGGUGGCUAAAGUUGAUAAGCUUGGCUCUGCUCUGCUCGACCAGGAGCGGGAGCGACUGGAAUAUGAUGCCUUACAGAACGCGUCACAUCCUAGUCCAAAUAAUUCAAAUGGUCUGAAUAGUGAGGAGCUUCAAUCUCUGACCGAGGCACUUGCGACGCGACAGUUGUCCAUGCAGUUCCGCAUCGAUGAACUCACAGAGACCAUGAACAGACAGAUCAGCAUGAAAAACGAGAAGAAACCUCUCGCCGUCCAAAUUCCAGGACAGGCCAUGCGACCAUCCCAUAGAAGCAACAACUCAACAACAACAACACUACCUGCCACUACCUUCGAACACUCUCGCUUAGGCUCAGACAGAAUCUACAACUCCCCUCACCGUCACACUCCCCACAGCAGCCACGACAUCGCUAGUCCCAUACGCAGCUCACGCUCCAACGACUCCGACUUCUCCAUCGAGAGCUUCUACCAACAAGCAACCUCGCUCAUCAAUAAAGCAACAGAACAAGACUCCAGUCUCUCCUCCCAUAGAAAGGACUUACUCAACCUCAAAAGACGUCUCGCGCACGCCGAAAAACUCAUCGGAGCCACUUAUCGACUUGGUUCGUUUAGUAUACACGGUCUUUCGUUUUAUCAGGACGCAGCAGCCCUACGAUACAUAUCUGGUGAUCCCGCUGCCCGCGAUGCUUUCAGGAUGUUCUACGGCAGUCGCAUCGCUGCAAUCGACUACGCUGAUAUCGCGCCUUCUGCGGUCCUAGCAAGUUUCGAUAUAAUUUCACGAGUGCGUUGUCGUCACGAGAUGUGGAGAGACGAUAAACUGGACGUAAAACAUCGCAUUCGAUGUGCCGCGGAGCAGAUUGUGGAUGAUUGGACCAAGUCCUUACCCUUGAGAGAUGGAGCUGAGCAUGUCCAUGUAUCGGCAAGGGAGUUGCAGAGACAAUUCAAUCAGUUAAAACUUUUGUGUUAUCGGGAGGAUGUCCAGUUUGAUUUUGCUUGGCCGGAACUUUAGUAGCCCUAACAUGAGUUCUAAAAACUUGCCGAGGCAUGUUUCUUUCCCCUCAACAGAAGCUUUGUACAUUAUGAUUGGAGUCUAUAAAUUGAUUUCAUAUUACACUGG